CUUCCGACCGGCGGCGUGCGCGCAUUAAGUUCGCGUUACUCUUUCAUUCUUCCACGUUUCAUACAAACUGUUAUUGAAUACUUGAUACCAUUUAUUGUGAGGCAGCUAGAUAUGUUAAUAUGAAGAUUUGGAUUUUAUUUUUGUGUGCACUCGUCGUUGGGGCUUCAGCCCAGAGCGAUGAGUCUGCUGGUGAUUGGGAUGAUGACUGGAAAGAGUAUGACGACGAGUGGUUCAAAACAAGACUCGCACAACUUGGCAUUUACAAUGACGAACAAAAAGGCUCUGCAGAAGAUAGCGACUUUGACGAUAGUGUCGCUAUCGAAAGAGAACAUGAUGAAAUCGAUAAAAUAGUGCAAGAAGAUAUAAAAAAAUACCAAAAGUUAGAUGACGAAGCAGAAGAUGAAGGUAAAAUAAAUGAUUAUCAGUUCGAAGACAAUAGGUCUGAGCAAAGCAAAGAACUUAAGGAUGAUGCUAACCCGAUUCGUGAUAGUGAUGAUGGAAAUAAUAAAUAUAUUAAAAGUCAUUUAGAAAGUGAAAAUGACUAUGAAGACAGAGCUGAGCCAAUUCGUGAUAAUGGUGAUGGAAAAGAUCAAGAUUUUAACAGUCAUUUAGAUAGUGAAAAUGAUAACAAAAGUAUAGCUGAGCUAAUUAGUGACAUUGAUGAUGGAAAUGAUGAAGAUGUUAGUCAAUCAAAAAGUGAAAAUGACUACGAUGACUAUGCUUUAUAUGGUGGUGAUGAUUUAGAAGCAAAUCUUUCAGAUAAUGAAGACUUGCAAAUACCAGAACCGAAAUAUUCUAAAGAUGACAGCAUUGUUCCUCUUCCACCUCCUGAAUCGAUUGAAGAAAUCAACCGAAUCAUGGAAGAAGCACAAACUAUUAUUAAACAAGAAGAAGAAAAACCGAACGAUUUUGCUGUCGAUGAUAAAAUUGCUGAAGUAAAUAGCAACGAGUUAAAUAAUAUAAUAAAAGAAACGAACGCUAUAUUGGAGGAAAGCCUAAGACCUAAUGAUUUUGCUGAAAAUGAAACAAAAGAAAAAAAUCUUGACUUCGUUGGUGAUAAUGAAAAACAAGAAGAAGUUGAAAAUGUGAAUCAGAUUAAUAUUGCCAGUAAAGAAGAAGUCAAUGAUACUGAUUCUAGCUUUAAGGCGGAAGAAGAUGAUGAUACGGUUGAUAAUGUUUAUGAAGACUUGAAUGAAGACUUAGACAAGUUAUUUGAAACAUUGGAUAAACUUACCAAAAGCGACAGCAAGGAAGACGAGAAACUUAAACCCGCUGAUGUUGAUUACGCAGUAAAUUCCGAUGAAAAAUUAGACGAUAAGUCUGAUUAUGAAAACAUUUUUGACAGCAACUUAUCUGAUCUAUUUGCACAACACAGCGAAGAUGAUACUCUAGCUAAAAUAGAAGCUAAAGGCAGUGAAAAUGAUGAUGACGAACCGAUUAAAUUUGCAGCUGAACAAAAAAAAUCUGAAGAACUUUUCUUGGAAGAAGUCCCAUAUAUCAACGAUGCUUUACUCUCUGAUGACAAAAAUGACGAAAAACCAAAUAAAUCUGUCAAUGUCGAUGAACUAUCAGACGAUCAGCUAGUAAAAUUGAUGAAAGAUUUUGAGAUCCAACACAGCGACGUAUUCGACGUUGUAGCUCUUUCAGAUGACCAUGUUGUCAAUGAAAUCACUUUAGAAUAUGGCGAAACUAAGGUUAUCACAUCAGAAAAUUAUCCCGCAGGAUACCCUACCAACAGAGUUGUGGAUUGGAUUGUCACUGGCAAGGGACAGGGCAUCGAAUUAAAUGUGACUGACUUAGCUGUGAAUAGUGCCUUAGGGGACUACCUCAUGGUCAAACCAGGUCAAGUAGACGACAGCGGUGCUGAAGGCAUCAUCUUCUCGUACCACCUGAACGAGCCACGCGCCUACCGCUUCUUGGACGUGGACAGGAUUUUCAUCCGCUUUGAUUCCAAGCUAGGGAUGAGCUGGAUGCGAGGAUUUAGUCUUACUCUAAAAGUAAUAGCUCCUCCGGCCACGGAGCCAGAACCCGAGCCGGAGCCGGAGCCCCUGCUCCCCGAGCCCCAGCACACCCUGACGGUGCAGCUGGGCGGCUUGACCCUCGCCGAGUUCGAGCACGUCAGCGACCAGUUCCGCCAACUCGUGGCUGACAUGGCUACCAUGUAUAUCAACGCGAACGGCGUUGAACCUGGCUUGAACACCACUUCAGAGAUCACUCAGCUAAUCUCAGCUUCCUUCUGCAACGUGGCAUGGCCGGGCUAUGAGCAGUGCUCGCAGGUGCGGUUCUCCGUGCCGCUGGUGUACGGAGACGAGGAGGAUGGGACCCGGCUCAACAGCACCGACUUGCAGGCCAUGUGGGAGACGUACGCGGGCGUGGAUCCCUUCGCGGCCAGGUUCAGGCAGAUGGGUAUUGAGGAAUUCUCAGUGCCUAACGACAGCGGUGUGCUGACGGUGUGGGUGGUGGUCGCGCUGGGCGUGGUGAUCUCGGCCGCCAUGCUGGCGUUCGCGCUCUGGCGGUACAGCUGCUUCGAGGACUACUCUAGGAUGCCCGCACACAGCGACACAGACAGCCUUUACGAGAAACGCAGCUCGGGUCUCUACCCCACACCCCACCAGAUGCUGCCGCCGCUUUACGCCGAGAAAGAUUACGAUUCCGCAAGAGUGGACAUGGGUGGGUACACUAACCGCAGUUACGCGCGUACCGACAUGUACGAUCUGGACUCCGACGAGGACGCCAUGCCGCGCGACAGGUACACCACAGACGUGUAGCCCACUGUAAACCACUAAUAGUUACAAAGGCUUGCUUAAAAACUGAAAUGCCGGCAUCCAACCGAGGGACAUCUUCAGUGUAUGAAUCCCCUUAAUGUGGUAGAUAGAUAAUCCAAGAGAUUAAAGUGUUGAUUUGUGAUUUUACAUUAAUUACCCGUACAAAUGUAACCAAAUAAUAAAAUAGUAUUUUAUACAAUCGUGAUAUAAUAGAGAGCUUUUCAGUCGAGUACCGUGUUUAGACAACGAAGCUUGCUGAGUUGUCUAAGUAAGGUACGAGAUUGAAAAGCUUGAUUAUAUCACUAUUGUAUACAAUACUUUUUCUACGCGUCAACAAAAAUAAUACUUUAAACUAGUAGAAUCAUGCAAACAAACCAAACCAAAAGCUAAGAUACCUACGCGAGCAGCCGCGAUAUCUUCAUAUUGGUACGCGCCCCGGCGGGCUGGUCAACAACACCUUCUCGUAACUCAUGAGGCCCUGGUACUUGCUCGGCGCUAUUAGUCCUAUGGAGACUAACAAGCAACGCUAAGUGGUUUUCGUAGUCUAUGGAUGUUGCUAUUUUAAGGGUGUCACAUGCGCGUUUCUGACUUAUGAAGCAAUUGUUUCUACUUUACAACCUAAAAUAAAUAAUUAUUUUGAGGUAUGGUUUUGUUUCGUCCUCUGAUCGCGGCGAGCUGUGAUUGGUCAAUUUCAUUAUAGUUGACUAAACUGUAUCGUAAUGAAUAUUAUAGUUGAGUUGGGAGCCCAUACAUUAAAAAUACCCAAUUGCAGUUUGGUAUAAGAAAUCUUAAUUCAAGAAUUACAGUCGACGAGUAGAAAAAUAUAAUUUUAAAAUUGUGUACCUAUGCGUUUCAAUGGUUACAUUUAUACGUGAAAUAAUAUAUAUUAAUAGCGAUAUUAAAAUAUAAAUAAUAUAUUAAUCGUUAUAUACUUUAUCACAGUAAAACUUUAGGAAAAUAGAAUUUAAGUGACCUAUUGUUGUUGUGAUUUUUUUGGCAUUCUGUUACAAGAUUUUUAUAUAAGUAUUUUCUUUUUCUUACAAAUAAAUUUUGAAAUGUUUUUUUA